UUUGGAUGAAAGCUCGAGUCUCGCUUUUAUUUCAAUGAGAAGUCGCUCGGGCACGAUGACGCUGCGUCAGACUCACAUCGCAGAACCGACGCGUUCCGGACGAAUCCUCUGAAGUUUCUGCCCAGAGAAAAAAACCAUUCAUUGAAGCGAAGAUGAUGAUGUCUGACGCCAGUGACAUGUUGGCAGCUGCCCUGGAGCAGAUGGAUGGGAUCAUAGCAGGCUCCAAGGCGAUGGAUUACUCCAACGGGCUCUUCGACUGCCAGUCGCCCACCUCACCGUUCAUGGGGGGGCUCCGGGUGCUGCACCUCCUCGAGGACCUGCGGGCGGCACUGGAGCUCAUGGACAAUGAGGAGAGGGACAACCUGCGCUGUCAAAUCCCUGAUUCCACCGCAGAGGGGUUGGCAGAGUGGCUGCACGGAGGAAUGGCCAACGGACACGGCCCAGAAGCACUGAACCAAGAUCGUCUCUCACGGCUGGAGAGUGACAAAGAGUGUCUUAUUCUCCAGGUAAGCGUUCUGACGGACCAGGUGGAGGUGCAGGGGGAAAAGAUUCGAGACCUUGACUCUUGUCUUGACCAUAACCGGGAGAAACUCAAUGCUACUGAGGAGCUUCUUCAACUGGAGCUGAUGAGCCGAUCGGGGCUGGAGACCCAGAAGCUGGAGCUGAUGACGGAGGUGUCGAGUCUGAAGCUGAAGCUGGCGACUGUGGAGCAAGACCACAGGGACCAUGAGGGCCUGUACCAGGAAGUAACCGACCUGCGGUUCAGGGUGACUGACAUGGAGAACGAGAGACUGCAGUGUGAGAAGAAACUCAAAGUUACCAAAGACGAGCUGCAGCUUCUACAGAAGCAGCUGGACGAGCGGGAGCUGGAGCUGCGGAGGCUGAGGGACGAGGGCCGGCUGAAGGUGGAGGGAGGAGACGGAGAUACAGAAGUGCUGAAGGUGAGGAGGGUGUUGGAGACGCUGGCGUCCGCCAACGAUCAGAAGGAGAGACGGAUUAAAGAGCUGGAGGAGUCGCUGACUAAGUGCAAGGAAGUGCAGGAGCUCGAUAAAGAGAAGUUGAAGGAAGACGACUAUGACGAUAUCCCAGAUGAUCUCUCGGUUCCUGAGUCCAUGGAGGUGGAUCAGGUCACGCUGGCUUUGGAGGGGGAGGCAGGAAGGAGCUUCGGCGAGUCGGUUCCGUGUAUCGCUGUGUUGUCUGAGAUGAACGAUUUGGACAGAGAACGACAGUUACAGACGCAAAGUUUGACGGUGACCAGCAGCAGUGACCAGACGAUAAACAGAGCAGCUGGUUCCCUCCCCCCCAGUAAAUCAAACCCCAGCAGUGAACAGGCAUUUGGCUCCAAGAAGAGUCGCUCCUCUUUUGGUCGUGGAUUCCUGAAGCUGCGAGGAGGGAAGCAGGCGGCCAGCACCUCCAACCUCGAUCGCACCCGGAGCUCCAGUGCACCUGUGUUAGCUGAGACAGAACGUAAAGGCACAGAUCACCUGGACUUGGCCGUUGUUCCUCCACAGAAAUCCCACAAUGCACCUCCCCUGCCGUCCUCACCAGAAACCAAAAAGAAGUCGAAAGGAUUCAUGAAAUUCUUUGGCAGGCUGAAGAGGAGUCACUCCACCUCCUUCAACCUCGACGACGCAGCGGAGAUGGAGUUCAGGAGGGGCGGAGUCAGAGCCACAGCCGGCCCACGACUCGGGUGGUCGCGAGAAGCUAAACACAAUGCCGUUGAUGUUCCUUUCUCCCGCUGGAGUAAAGAGGAAGUUUACGAGUGGCUACACGAACAAGGCCUCGGGUUAUACGCUGCUCAGGGUCAGAACUGGAUCAAAUCAGGACAAACUCUGCUGCAGGCGUCACAGCACGACGUGGAGAAGGAGCUGGGCAUCAGGCAGCCUCUCCACAGGAAGAAGCUACAGCUGGCUCUACAGGCGCUGGGCUCAGAUGAGGACGACCUGAAGGGCAAACUGGACCACAACUGGGUGACCAGAUGGCUGGAUGACAUCGGCCUCCCGCAGUACAAGAGUCACUUCGAUGAGGCUCGUGUUGAUGGACGGAUGCUGGACCACAUGACAGUGGAGGACUUGUUGUCUCUGAAGGUCGGCAGCGUUCUCCAUCACCUCAGCAUCAAACGAGCCAUUCAGGUCCUCCGCCUCAACUCCUACGAAGCAAACUGCCUCAGGCGACGGCCGUCCGACGAGAACAACAUGACUCCGGCUGAGAUCUCCCAGUGGACAAACCACCGAGUGAUGGAGUGGCUCCGGUCGGUGGACUUGGCCGAGUACGCUCCCAACCUGAGAGGCAGCGGCGUUCAUGGAGGACUGAUGGUGUUGGAGCCGCGUUUCAACGUGGAAGCUCUCGCUCUCCUGCUCAACAUCCCCCCCAACAAAACCCUGCUGAGACGCCACCUGGCCACACACUUCCACCUACUUGUCGGCUCCGAGGCUCAGCGGCUCAAACAGGAGUGUCUGGAAAACCCUGACUACACCGUCCUCACCGCCACCGCCAAGGUCAAGCCUCGCCGGAUGUCCUUCGGUGGGUUUGGAACUCUGAGGAGGAAACGCCAGGACGACCACGAGGAGUACGUCUGCCCCAUGAACGUGGAGAUGCCAAAAAGCAGCAGCUUCCAGACGGGGGUGCGGCUCUACGAGGACCACCUGGAACAGAUGGAGGACUCUGAGGGGACAGUGCGGCAGAUCGGAGCGUUCUCCGAGGGAAUCAACAACCUGACGAACAUGCUGAAGGGCGACGGCUUCUACCAGGAAACGUCCGUCUGUCAUCAAGAGGUCGACGCAGUGGAAACACACGACAGCUCCAACGCGUGAAGCUGAACUUUGGCUCAAAAGAAAAAUUCUGGGCCGACGUCUUUCUCAAACCUCCCAGAUGAAAACCUUGUGAGACCUUUUCACAGUGAUGUUCAGUUAGUCUGUGUCGUUGAUAUUUAUUAAGGCCGUCAGUUAUAAAGCAUGAACUUCAAAUUCAAGGUUUGCAUUAACGUGCCUGCAUUUGUUUGUAUUACUCUUGUAGUCAGUGAAUUAUCUUUAAGAUGUUUGUCUUAUUUUAAAGAAAUCUCCCUCAAGUGUUUAUGUCCACAGCUGCAGUCAAAUGAUUCUGUUGUGGUACGUUAACUUUUUUAAAGUUAAUCCAAAGGACGUCAAACUGUUUAGAUUUGUCUCCUCUUUUUAAAGAGUGUCGGGUUCGACGUGUUUUAAAGUAGUUUCCACUUGUGUCAUCCAGGACACUGUUUAAACUUCAGCAUCACACACUUAGUGUUAAGGUUGAGAUGAAUCUGAAAACUCAAACUGUUUGUGUUCAGACACCACAACAGAACACGUUUAAGGUCUUGAAUGUUGUGUUAUCUGAAUAUUGUUCACUACAAAAACGUUUCAGCUCGUAAAAUCACUAUUAGCAUUUGUAGUACAGAUAAAUAAAUGUUUAGCUCCAACCUCCUCUAGCUUCAUAUUUACCAGACGGAUGUGAGUGGUUUUAAUCUUCUAAUCGACAAAGAUCUUCAACAUAAAACUGUUCAAAACCAAAGUCUUUGUUUCUAUCAGGAAAUUAACCAAAUGUUUUCUUCUACGUUGUUUUUCCAUUUUUGUUAAUAAAAACGAAAAAAUCUA